AUGGAACCCACGAUGUGGGGCAAUUUUCCUGAAGAUCUCUGGUUCGAAAUCCUUCAAAGGGUUCCGGCCAAAUCCCUCGUCAAAUUCACCAAAGUCUCUAAAUCCUGGUAUGCCCUCAUCACAAGUUCUAGGUUUAUCAAAACUCAUCUAGCCAGGAUCCAAACUGAGAGGAGCUCCAAAUCCAUUCUCAUUCGAUGUUAUUCUAUAAGUGAAAAACAAGAGCGUUACUCGGUGCACCCAGACAAUGAUGAUUUCAUCCUUCAAAGUUCGGAACUCGAGCUUCCACGCGCAUCCCGUUCCCGUGAUUGGGGUUAUCGUAUUGUAGGCAGCUGCAAUGGGUUGCUUUGUUUGUGGGAUGAUGUGGAUGGAACUUGCGCAAAACCAAUUUUUGUUUGGAACCCUUCUAUGGGAAAGUGGAUAGAAUUGCCCUCACCCAAAAUUGAUCCCUACUCAGAAAAUGUUAUCCUUGGUUUUGGUUUUGAUUUGCAGGGACUUGAUCAUAAAGUGGUCAGAUAUGUACUUGAAGAUAAAAUUGGUGGGGUUGCUGAAGUGUAUUCGCUCAACUCGAAAUGUUGGAGGAAAGUGCCUAUUGUUCCUCCCCGUCAUUAUAUUUCUUGUCCCUCAACCCCGGUGCUCGUUAAUGGGAUUGUUCAUUGGCUGGUUUUUCAUGGGGAAUGCGAACGGAUCUUAUUUUUGGGGUUUGAUUUGAAGGAUGAAACUUUUAGUGAGAUUUUUUUGCCUCAACAUUUAACUUGGCGUCAUUUUGUAAGGUUGUUGCCUUUUAUACAUGAGGAUUGUCUUGCUAUAUCAGAGUAUGAUCAUGUUAUUCAUGUAUCCAGUUAUAAUCAGUGCAAUGGAUACUGCAACAUUUGGGUGAUGAAGGAAUAUGGAAAUGUGGAGUCUUGGGAAAUUCUGUUUAAGAUUAAGCUGGAAGAAGGGAUUCAACAAGUGAUCGGAUUGAGACAGAGUGGUCAUUACCUGGCAACCAAGGGUAAUAUGGCUGUGGAUGAAAUUGUGGCUAUGAUGCCUGGCAACCAAUGUAGAGUAAGAUCAUUGGUUUCGUUUGAUCCGAACAAUAGCAAAGCAGUGAAGGAUCUUGAGAUUGUUGGCACAGAGUUUUCAAUCUAUGCUUUACCUUUUCUGGAAAGCCUGGUCCUGCUUGAAGGCCGAUGCAGAUUUUAG